AUGUCAGGUACCGUAGAAGAAGGAACUAAAACCUUGUUAACGUUCAACAAACCUAUAGUAUCAACACCUUCCAACCCUAUUGGUACGAAGGAUUUGUUGAUCAGGCUUCAACAGCUUAGUGAUGAAUUAACGGCGAUAGAUCAAGAUGCGAUAGAUUUGAAAACCUUGGAUACUAUCAAAAAGGACUUAAUCAGCCAUAAAUUAUUAAGAAGUAACAACCCAGGAGUUCAAGCUUACGUGUGUUGUGCCAUUUCAGAUCUUUUGAGGAUAUAUGCACCUGAUGCACCUUUCACUUCGAGUGACUUAUCACUAAUAUUCAGAUCAUUCUUGCAACAAUUCAAAAGGUUAGCUGAUUCAAACAAUCCUUAUUUCCAUCAACAAUGUUACCUUUUGAAAAGGUUGGCUGAAGUAAGGUCGGCGAUCUUAAUCACAGAUCUUAAGGAUUCAGAAGAAUUAAUGGAAUCUGUCUUCAAUAUAUUCUAUGAAUUGGCAAAAAAAGAAUUCCCUUCUAGAUUAGAACCGUUUGUUUCUAGUAUCUUAUCUGAUGUCAUGCAAGAAGCAGAAGUAGUACCUCAUAAUGUUUUAAAGAUGAUUCUUGAAAGUUUAUUGACUAAUAACGCAUCUUCAAGUCUUAAUAUUUAUAAUCCAGCAUUCAAUUUUUCUGUAUCAAUCUGUGAUAAUAAUUCCGAUAGAAUGUCACGUCAGGUAGCUCAAUAUUUCUCCGAGAUGCUUUAUGAAACUUCAAGUCAAAUUGAAGAUGUAAAUGAUUCAAGAAAUUCUAAUUCAAUAAAAGCAAUGGAAAGUUUAAAGAAGAUUCAUAAAUUAUCAGUAGAGAUUUGGAAUUAUGUUCCCAGUUUACUUACUUCCGUCAUGGGACUCAUAGAAGAAGAAUUAAAUGCUAGUGACGAAAGAAUAAGGGUAUUGGCCACAGAGACCAUAGGUAAAAUGAUAGGUUCAUCAAUAUCAUCCCAAAAUUUUGUAGUUAAUUUUGAAAAUGUAUGGCAAAACUGGUUGAAAAAGACUUUAGAUAUUUCCACCAAUGUAAGAUGUAAAUGGGUAGAGGAAGUUUCUAAUAUUGUCAAUAAUUGUGCCACCUCAAGUGAGAUAUCCAAUGAAUUAUGUAAUGGAUUGAACAAAUGUUUAAUAGAUAGCGAUGAAAAGGUCAGAUUGGUUAGUUGUUUAGCAAUUGAAAAGAUUCCCUUUGAAAAAUUGACUAGAUUUUGUAAUAAGAAUAUCAUGAUAACGUUAACACAGUUAAUGAGAGAAAAGCACCAAGAUAUAAGGAGUCAGGCUAUAAAGAUUUUGGGUAAUCAAUGUAAUAAGUAUUUUGAUUGUCUUUUGAAUAAUGAAGUUAUUGACUUUGGAUCCAAAAAUCUGGAAGAAGUUGCACAACUCGAAGAAGAGAUAUUCCAAAAAAUUCCUAACCAAACGUUAUCGUUGUUAUAUAUCAAUGACAAGGAUAUCAAUGCACAAGUGGAUAUCUGUUUAUUUGAGAAGAUCUUACCAUUUGAAAAUAAUGAUAACAAAAGAGUUGAGAGACUUAUCCAAGUUUUCAAAUGUUUAGAUGAUAAAAGUAAAAGAUCAGUGUUUGCUAUUAAUAAGAGACAACAACAAGUGGCAAAAGUGCUUGGAAAUUUUGUUUCCUUGAGUGAAGAGUAUGGUAAAAUAGGUUCUUUGAAUGAUAAUAAAGAGAAUUUGAAAGAAAAGGCUAGCAAUGGAGAUAAAAUUGCCAUUUUAACCAAUAAAUUGGAUCAAAUCAUCAAAUGGUUAAGUGAAACUGUUCCUGAUAGUUAUAACUCUAUGACAUGUCUCGAGAGAUUUUAUAAAUUGAAGAACUUUAGAUUUUUGAAUCUAAUCAAGCAAAUCAUUUCAUCAGAUUCUGACUUUUCCACCAUUAAAAACUCCAUGAAAGAAUUAAUGACUAAGUUAUCCAACAACAAAAAUAUUAGAGUAGAAGAAGACAGAGCCAGUGUGACAUCCAAUGAUAUGGUUUCAACCUUCAAGCUCAUACUAUAUAGAGGAUCCAACCUUAUGUUCAACAAAUCAAAUUUGGCUGAGUUGAUAAAUUAUUCCAAAAAUGCUUUGAAUGAACAAGAUUCAACUAGUAGUGGCUUCAUUGCUAAUGAAUUACUUGAAAGUAUUUCUGAGAUUAAUCCCGAUGUAUUCAAAAAUCAAGUCAAGGGAUUAUUGGAUAUCGUUAAUGACCAACAAACGGACCAAUAUUUGAGAUCAAAUUGUCUUAAGACCAUCUAUAGGUUUGUUAGAGUCUACCCUGAAAUGUACCCUGAAGAUCCAGAAUUCACCGACAACUUGUUCCAACUUUGUGUCAACGGUUCGCCAAGAGAGGCCAAAUAUUGUAUUAAAUUGAUUGGAUUAUGUGAACCAAGGAAAGCUUUCCUUUGUACUGAAUUAGUGGGUAAGUUGUAUCCCUUAGACUGUAAUCAUGAGAAGUUCACCACUCAUUUAUCGGCUCUUUGUGAAGUGUUCUUGGUUGAUCCCAUGGCUAUAGAAGACAAAGCUAGUGAUUUGACUGCUCAAUUGAUUAAAGAUGUUUUGUUAGUUAAUCGAGACAUUGAGGAGGGUGACGAGUCAAAGGAUUCAAUUAUUGAGGAUUUGGAAUUGAAUACCAAUUAUCGAAAGCAUCAACAACUUCAUGGUAAGAUUUUGACUAUAAGAUUAUUCAUCAAUAGGUUGAGAUCGAUCGAUGAAGAUAGUAAGUCCACAGAGGAAAAAUUAGAAGUCUUCCAACCAAUUUUGAAACUUUUACUAAGCAUAAUCAAUAAUGGUGGUGAAAUUGUAAAAGAUAGGUCGACUCCAAAAGACUAUCAACUGAACUUGAGAUUGUUUGCUGGCUUAUGCAUCUUGAAAUUAAGCAGAUCCAAUUUUUUCAAUGGUUUUUUCAAUAAUAAUGUAUUGAUGAAAUUGAUCUAUCUUCUCCAAGAUCAGAAUGACAAGAUCAGGACCAAGAUGUUGGAUAAACUUCAAAAGAAAAUUGGUGAUCAAUUACUUAGUGACAAGUUCUUGACUAUUCUUUAUUUCAUGAAUAAUGAACCCGACAAUGAUAUUUAUUUCAAAGUUACCACAUGGAUCAAGUCAAGUUACAAGAAGACUGACACCAAUGAAGAUCCUGUUUUCGAAAGAUCUCUUUUAAGAUUGAUUCACUUACUUAGUCAUGAUCCUAAUUUUGCUGAUGUUGACAGAGAGACUGGUCUUAAGUACGCAGCGGAGAUUAUUAUAUUCUUCUAUAACAUGAUAGCCAAACAGGAGAACGUUUCAACGUUAUACUAUGUGGCAAGCAGAGUCAAACAAUUCCGUGAUGGUACUAUUGAUAGUAAGAUCUAUGACACUUUAAGUGCAAAUCAUGAAUUAAACGAGACCGAAGAAUUCCCCAAAGAGGUAGAGAAUUUAUAUAUGAUCAGUGAGCUUAGUCAAUUGAUAAUUAAAGAAUCAAGUGAUUCAAAAAGUUGGUCAAUUUUGAGUUGGCCAGGUAAAAUUCCUAUGCCCAAUGAUUUGUUCAGUCCUAUGACAACAACAUUCGAAGCACAAAUGAUCAUAUCCAAAGUUUAUAUCAAUGAUGACUUGCAACCAAAGAUUAAAUCGUUCAUAUCACAAAAAUUCUCCAAAUCAGCAAAAUCCAAACCAAAGGCAGGCAUUAAAAGAGUAAGAACCAAAUCUUCAAAACCUAGGAAAGUAAAUCCACCCAAGAAGAGAAAAAUUGAAGAAGUUAUAGAAGUUUCAAGAAAAAGUAGUCGUUCACGUAAAUCGGUGAAUUAUGGAGAAGUAGAAGAAUCAGAUAACGAACUGGUUGACCAAGAAUCCAGUUCAGAUGAUUAUGAUUAA